GCCAAUGGCUGGCACGGCAGUGCUGCCCUUCCAUUCGCUGAUUGGUCAAGCUACACGUCAGUGAAACCUCAGUACGUCCCCAUUCGUCCUACCCUGGAAGGAAGAGGGGGCAGCAGAGAGGGACUCAGGAUUUCUGCAUAAUGAAAAUGAUUGAGAAUGUUGACUCUGUAGUAACUAGGUCAAGCCAGGACCUCUGGGCUGAAAUCUGUUCCUGUCUGCCAGAUCCAGAUCAGAAAGAAGACUUUAGUGAUGCUUUUACAGAUUGCUUCACAGAUUCUUACAUCAGUGGAGAAAGCCAGGAUGAAGAACCAGAUGGUUCUUUCCAAGCAAAUCUGAAGCCCUGGGCACCUCUGAAAGAUUCAGAGAUAUAUUUAGCAUCACUAGAGAGAAGACUGAUGAGAAUUAAGGGUUUGUCUCAGGAAGUGACCUCCAAGGAUAUGCUGCAUACUCUGGCCCAAGCAAAGAAGGAAUGCUGGGAUAGGUUCCUGCAGGAAAAGUUUGAGUCCGAAUUUUAUGUGGAGGGACAUGAAUCUGAAGAGAGCACCCUGGAACAUUUAAAGCGGUGGCUGCAGCCUGAUAAAGUGGCAAUCAGUACUGAAGAGGUACAGUACCUGAUUCCCCCAGAGUUCCAUAUAGAGAAGCAAGAAACUGGGGAAGAGUCUCCAGCAGCAGAACAAUGAAAUGCACUCCAACCAUGCAAAGCAGCUGUCCAAGGACUGACAGAGCUGCAUUCAGUGGCAGUAAUAAAAGGGUAGGGUGAGGAAAUUGCCAAUUUUUGGUCAGCAAGGGAAAGAGCUAUGGACAUCCAGAGGAUAAAAUUGCAUUUGUUAUCGACAGGAGUGAAGUGUCCUGCAACUUUGUGCAUGCUGGACUUAAAUCUUGUUUUUAGCUACGUGGUUUCCCAUCUUGUAGUAAACCAGUCAUUCCAGUUUAAAAAAAAAAAUUUUAUAAUUCACUGAAAUGAUUACUGAACAAAAAGAAGCUGGUCAAAAAAGGUGAUAUCCUUGAGUAGUGUAUCUAAUAACUCAAAAGACUGAGUCAUUUCUUCCCCCUUUCUUGUACCCUCUCUUUGUGGCUAUAUCUUUCCUGUUGUUAGCUUCACAGGCGUUAUUCGUUGAUCUGUUACAACAAUUCCGCUGUAAAGUUAUCUGUAAAACUCCACAAUUUGUGCUUGAGUUGGCUCUAAACGGUAUCCUGGAGAGAUGAGAAACAUUUGCCCUGUUUGGAUUUGGUGCAAACUAAAUGGGAUCCUACUCUCCAAUGAUAAUUAUCAAAGCCUGUUUAACAUUCUCCUCUUUAUAAUGUACCAGCCUGGAAUAUCACAUUUAUUGGACCUUCAGACAGUCUUGUAUGAAAAGAGGUGUUUCUCACUCCCCCCCUCGCCCGAGAGGGGCAGGUUAGAUUCUAAAUCUAAAUGAUAGAUUCUAAAUCAGUGGCAGUGACAACUGAUCAAUGGAUUAUUUUCAUGUUAAAUAAUUCCUUGUGAGUCUUACAUUAAGCCUGUUUCUAUAGAUACUUGAUCUGUUUUAUCUACAGCAAGUUGUCCCCGUCCCCCCUCAUUACUCAAAAGGUCUGUAAUCCUGACCUUUGUAUGAGACUGACUCUUAUAAUUAUUGUAUAGCUGCAGUUUCUUAUAUAGUAUCAAGAGCAUAGGGCAAUAGAGAGCAAUGGCUUAUGUCUUCUGCUGGGGACAGUACUUAAAACUGUAAUGAUUAGUUCUAAUACUUUAUACCGAUAUAGAUGUUAUGUAGCAAAUACGGAUCUGUGAAAAUGCACUUGCAAAACAGCUUCUUGAAAUACCUACCCGUUUCUAUGUCUCCAUAAUUGAGUAGUGCUAUUGUUUCUUUUGAUGCGAGCCAUGGUUUUACUGCUGCUUGUGAGCAGGAAGUCCAGUAGGAUGACUUGGGACUUGUCUAAAUGGGGAAAUUUACCUGCAGAACUAUAGUGAUAUAGUUAUGGCAGUAUAAGUCCCUGCAUGAAUACACUUAUUCCAGAAUAAGUGUCUACAUGAGAAAUUUUCCCAGUAUAACUAUACUGGUCUAGUUCUGUCAGUAAAUUUUCCUGUGUAGUCAUGAGAAAUACAGCUCAUCAUUUGAACAUAUAGAGUUGAGUCUUUUAUUGGCCCACAGCUGGGAAGAAUUUACGGCAUUCGUGCCAGUGAAAACCUGGACUUAAGUUUUCUUCAGUGCAAAGCUAUUUAUUUGAAAGAAUCUGGCAAGCAGCAAAAAGGUUAUACAAUGCUGCUUCCUAAUAAGCCUCAAUUCCCCAAGCAUAAACUCUCUUAGUAACUAUGCUGGCCCUACGCAUUAUCCUGAUUGGCAAAUAAAACAGGUAUAGCUACCAGUUCUAGAUGAAGACUUCUUUUCCUUUUUCUUCUCAAGCACUUGGUCUGUCAAAUGUCCCCAGGGCAGCGUGUUGGCUACCCUGAAACCCUAUGACCCAAAAAUCUCUCGCAGAAGGGUGUUGGCUAUAGCGGCCGUCCUACAGCAUCACAAGCCUCCUUAGAUAUUAGUUGGGGUGGCAGUGGCACAUAGGAUUAUUCCGCAGUACUUAUAUCCUUAUCUCCAGGGAGUCAUAUGUCCUCCAAAUAUGCACUGUUGGCAUUUUAUGACUUGUUUUUUUUCCUGCUUAAUAUUUUUGGAAGGGACUACAGGCACAGACUGAAGGCCGACUAACAUUUACCUUUUCAUCAAUCAUUCACCUGAGCUCUCUUUGUUGUGCUGUCCUAAGAAGUCAGUUGAUGCAAGUCAGUUAGUACCAAGUCCACCACCUGUAUGUUUUCUGCCUGUUUUCUAGGUGGUCUGACCAUUGACUGACCAUGACAGUUCUUCCAGAUCAGCACAAAUACACAGAGCCCCAAUUAAACAUCCAAAGUACAUAGUUGUGUCAGCAUACAAAUGCAAAUUCAAUAAUCUCACUCAGUAACUUUUGAUACCACCUGUCUGAUGCUAAGGGAAUGCUGCUCCCAAAAUCCCCUAGCAAAUUCAUAUUUACUAAGCUGUACCAGACCCAGGUCAACCACAGUAAUUCAUAAUUCAGCACCAUCUCAACAUUAAGGACAGGAGACUUACAAGAUGUGGGUUUUUAAAAUUAAAUUUCCACUAUUUCACUCCCCCACAUUUAAAAUGCUAUUUAAAAAUAGAAUGUAAGUGUAAAUUUGAAAAUCUCUUGCUGUAUUGUACAUUGAUACUGAGUUUCUAUUCUGUAGCUGAAACUAUGUUGUCAGACUAUAAUGAGGGUGACUUCCUAUUUGAUACUAUUCACAAGAACGUGUUAAUGAUUUCCUCUUCUUUGUAAUCAGAGAUUGUGGUUAGAAUAUUUUAUGCUACACUGUAGUUUCCCUUUAAAGCUGCUAGUAAGGAGAUUAUACACCUGGAAUCAGAAAGUCUCAAACUAAGUUGAAGUUUCAACAAAAUUUAAAUAUUUGAACCUACAGAUUGAGUAACUGAGGUAAUCUCGUGCAAAAAUAAACCAGUUUCUAUGAGUUAAAUUUUAAGUAUAAUAUAAUAAAAUGAAGCUAAAUAUA